AUGAUGUUGACCUUACAUACUCAGUCUCCCGGCUCAGGUGUGCCCACUUACACAUGGCCACACAACACUCCAGGUGUCCAGUAUCAGGCACACGUAGCCCAAGCCCAUGCUCCCAAGUGCCUCCUGCAUUCAAAGCUGCAGAUGACAAGCACCGAGUUCGAUCAUUUGGACUGUGAAGACCAGGUGAGUAGAGGAUCAGUGCUCUGGCUUUCUCCCGAGAAACGCCGGGAUUCCCGGGAGCAGGGUGUGCGAUGUGGAAACCCAGGCGGUGGAUGGGCUCCCAGGCGAUGCAGAUCGAGGACAGACGACCGAGUAGCCGGCACCCGACCGCCGGAAAUGGGACUCCUGCGAGUGGGCAGUUUCGGCCGGACGGCGACCCGGGAGGAGCGGGCGUCCGCGCAGUCGGAUUGCCUGGCUCAAAUCGAACGCGUUACCUUUACUCCCACUCAUGGCUGCCGGUCGCUUGCCGAGGAAAAUUUUGCGGUAGGAACCAAGACCGCGUUCAUUCGUCAGUGCCAAGGAUACUCCGGAAUGCAGAUAAAUAAGACCCAGGCAGUGAAGAUCAGAAAGAAAAGAGAAGUUCCAACAAAUGAAUGCCUGGAGCAAGUCUCAUACUUAAUAGAAUUGUGGCGUCGUUUCAGUCAACUUACAAGAAAACAAGAUAAAUUUUGAUUGUGACUAUUGCACAGUGACAAAGUAUCUUUAGUAGAUUGAUAGAAUGUUAACUGUGAUAUUUAAAAGAUCACUCAUAGGUAUUUUUUUAAUUACAGAUUUAAUAACUUAUUUUUGUGAACUUUCAUGGUUCAGGUAAAUUUUACAUGUGAGGAAAUUAUUAUUUCUCAAAUUUGGAGGUGUGAAGAUAUGUGGGGGGAGGAUGGCUUCUAUAACAUUGAUGCCUGGACCCCUGGCUGUAUAGCAGUAGUUCAUGUUUGGGACUACAUAAUAAAGGAGGUUCUAAAAGUGUAGUAUAUUAUUUUUCCUUCACAAAAGAAGCAUGUUAAACUCAGUAGCAUUUAAACCUUUCUUUAAAAGGAAGACAUUUCUUGAUUUGUACAGACACCUGUGUUCUUAUUAAAAAACUGCAAAAAGGAAAGUAAAAGCGAAAGGAUGUACAAAAAUUUGUACAUAUGAUGAAGCAAUGUGAAAUACUUUCCAAGCAAAAUAUUGUGAAAUCCAAAUUUUCUAAGAGACAAGAGUAGUAUAUGCAAGUAGAUCCCAAAGAUGUGCCAUGUCACUUCAUAUUUGCAUUUACGGAAUAAUAUUUUUAAUUUAUUUUGUCGGGUCUUUUUAAAUGUACAGUUUGCUUUGUAAUUAACACUACUUCUUAGUAAAACAAUUAUCAAAAACAUUUCUUAUGAAUAGUCCUUUUAAUUUACUUUGGA